AUGCCACCAGGGUGCUCGCUCCAGGCUGACAACAGUUUCGGCCCUGCAAUAGAUCGCAGUUGCCGUGAUGGUUUUGAUUUCACGCUGUUGUUCGAGCAAGCCACACUUGGCCUCGUUCCUGCGAUUGCAUUUCUCCUCGCGUGUCCUCUUCGAUUGCAAACCCUGGUUAAGAGAGAUGUGCGGACCCAGCCUCACAUAAUGAGGUUGGCAAAGCUGAUAACCGCCUUGGCUUUCGCCGCGAUUCAACUUGCCUUGCUCAUCAGCUGGGCAAAGAAAGCUCAGCCAAACACAAAGUUCUCUGUGUCGUCGAGUGCAAUAAAUUUGGCCGUGGCAAUGGAGAUUGUGGUCUUGACCUGGGCGGAAGAUGAGCGAUCGGUUAGACCGUCAUCACUCCUCGCCAUCUACCUUCUCUUCACGUUACUCUUCGAUAUUGUACAGACAAGGACUUUGUGGUUAUCCCACGGAGAUUUCCUGAUUCCGGGUCUUUUCGCGGCAAGUAUUGCUGCGAAAACAGUGAUGGUGUUUUUCGAGAGCUUAGGGAAGCAGAAACGCCUCAUUGGUUCCUAUCAAGAUCUUCCUCCAGAGUCGACGAGUGGGAUUGUCAAUCGAUCGUUCAUGUGGUGGCUGAACCGUUUAUUUCUCACUGGCUUUCGAUCUUUGCUUACUACUGAGGAUCUUGAUCCUCUUGAUAAGCCCCUGGAAUCUGCGGGAGCGGCGCAGAAGGCAUGGAGAGCCUGGGCUCUACGCCGACGUCCCGAGCGCCGCUUCGAAUUCCCAUGGCAUAUGGGUCGAGCGUUCAAGGGCCCACUUGCUCUAACAAUACUUCCACGCCUAUUCCUGAUCGGAUUUACUUUCUCGCAGCCCUGCUUGAUCACAUCUAUUCUCAACUGGCUUGAUAACCCACAGAGCCCGAGCAAUAACGGCUACGGCCUCAUCGGCGCCACACUUCUAAUAUAUUUGGGAAUGGCCCUCUCAAACCUCAUACACGACCGGCUUCUGUAUCGGUUUGUGACAAUGUUCCGAGGGGCAGCCUCAUCGAUGGUCUAUGACCAUGCCUUACACAUCCCCGAUGGCACCCUAGGGGACCGUUCGGCCACAAUUACUCUAAUGACUACCGAUAUUGACCGGAUCAUCAGCUGUCUAGUCACUUUGAAUGAAUUCUGGGCGCGGUCCAUUGAAGUAGGCAUUGGCAUUGCGCUACUCGCGCUUCGGUUAGGGUGGGUUUGCCUGAUACCAUUAGUGAUCGUUCUCACAUCUAGUGGAGGAAGUGUUUAUAUCUCGAAGCAUAUAGGAAGACACCAGAAAAUAUGGGUGGAUGCUGUGCAGCAACGCAUAGCGAUCACCCGUUCAAUGCUGGACGGUAUCCAAACAGUUAAGGCGACUGGGUUAGGUCAAGCCUUUAUUCAGCUCGUACAGAGGAAAAGGGCCCAAGAAACCCAUCAAAUGGCCAAGUACCGAUGGAGUGUGGUCUGGAAGAAUAUGAUCCAGAACCUGCCUUGGGCCUUAGCGCCAGCUUUGACCUUCGUCGUCUACGCCGCUCAAGGAAAUGAACUGAAUGUCACCAAGGCAUUCAGCAGUCUGUCCAUCAUAACUCUUUUAACCAAUCCAGUUUCUAAGCUAUUAAGCGCGAUUCCUUCCAUAGCAGCUGCGACGGGAUCUUUUGAUAGAAUACAAGCAUUUAUUCUGCUGGAAACCCGCGCUCACAACACAGGGGAGGGAUUUGUUCGCACGAGGGAAGCAGAAGUCGAUACAUCUCCGAAUAUCGCUGAAGUGCAAUACAUGGCUUUCAAGGGCCCGACAGACACUAUUGACUUUCAAAAACCUGUCAUCUCCAUGGAACAGCUUAGUGUUCGCCCAUCCCCGUCGGCAAAAAUUGUCUUGAGAGAUGUUAAUUUAAAAGUGCCUCUCGGAACGCUGGUCAUGAUCCAAGGGCCAGUUGGAUCGGGCAAAUCGACCCUGCUCCGGGCUAUACUUGGCCAGGUAGUGUGUGAGUCAGGCUCCACGACAGUGACCAUUCGACAGCUGGCCUUCUGCGCGCAAACACCGUGGGUCCCAAGUGGCACUAUCCGUGAUGUAAUCUGUGGAGUUUUCUCGGCAGGCCCCGUGAGGCAGGGCGCAUUUGAUAAAAAGUGGUACACAGCUGUUCUUCACGCAUGCGCUCUCAAUCUGGAUCUGAAUUUGCUUAGCGAGGGAGACGCUACGCGAAUUGGGCAUGGAUCUGGUCAUGUACUGAGCGGUGGUCAAAUGCAUCGGAUCGCUCUUGCUCGAGCGGUAUACUCUCGCAGGAAGCUUUUGUUGUUGGACGAUAUAUUCAGUGCACUGGACCAGAAAACUAAGAAAACUAUCAUAGCGCGUCUUUUGGGAGUUGAUGGACUGCUCCGAAAAGCAAAUUCCACUAUAGUUUUGGUGACACAUGAGUUGGAGCAGCUAUAUAGUGCGGAUCAGAUUUAUAUUCUCUCAGAUGGGCAUCUUCCUGAGGAGUCGAAUGGAUUCCCAGAGCUGGUGAUAGAGGACAAAGCCGCCAUAAUCUCUGAGGCGAAUGAGAUCGACGAUCUCAGGAGGGCAGCAGGGGAUUCUGCUGUCUAUACGUAUUAUUUGCGCUAUGUUGGGUGGACGAACGCUGUGAUAUUCGUUUUCUUCGUGACUAUGAAUGUCUUCUCUAGCACCUACAGCCAAAUUUGGCUUGAGCGAUGGGCUCAUCAUGGCGGAGGCCAAAAGGCACUCUAUGUCACGGUUUAUUUCGUUCUCGCCCUUUGCAACACCGUCGGAAAUGGUGGUUAUGUUUGGGCUAUCCUCAUUUUGAUCUCACCCUCCACAGCACGCCGACUUCAUUAUGUCGUACUAAAGACUGUCAUGAUGGCAACACCUCGAUUCCUAGCCACCGUUGACAUCGGGUCACUACUAAACCGAUUUAGCCAGGAUAUGACUCUGAUAGAAAGCGAUUUACCUAUUGGCGUCUUAAUCACGGUCUCCAGUAAGGCCCCUACCAUUCCACUCAACCUCCGGAAAGACUUUCUAACCACUAUCGCCCGCCAAUUAUCGAGAUUAUUACUGAUGAAUCCAGAUCUCUUUUCAUCAAUUGCCAGUGCUGCAUUGAUUGCGACUGGAUCGAAGUACAUGGCAAUAUCUGUGCCUUUCUUGAUCAUCUCCGUCCUUAUCCUACAGCAUUUCUAUCUGAAGACAUCACGACAACUUCGACUACUGGACCUGGAAAGCAGAAGUCCGUUGUAUUCCUAUCUUCUUGAUACUGUGGAGGGUCUGGCUACAAUUCAGGCAUUCGGCUGGGAAGUAGACUUUCGAAUCGCCAAUUCAACAUUGUUGGAUGUUACUCAGCGAACGUAUUAUAUGCUUAAUUGCAUUCAGCGCUGGCUCACCUUAGUCUUGGACCUCAUCGUCGCUGUCGAAGCGGUCAUUGUGGUCAGCCUAGCAGUGUCUCUAAGACAUACUACGAGUGCCGGGUUGCUUGGAGUAUCGCUCAAUAGCAUUCUCGUAUACUUCCUCCGGCUGAAUCAUCUGCACGAAGCUUUUAAUGGUAGCCUUUCGUCUCUCAUAUCAGGUUGGACACAACUGGAGAUAUCCCUUGGCUCAAUUUUACGCGUCAGAGAUUUUGAACUCUCAGUGCCAUGUGAAAUAUCAACUCAGCAAGAAGAAAUACCCGUUGGCUGGCCAGGCCAAGGAGCUAUUGAGAUCUCGGGGAUGUCUGCGCAGUAUAGUUCCGAAACAACCGUGCUGAGCAAUAUCUCUCUGAAAUGUCUGCCUGGUCAGAAAAUCGGUAUCUGCGGACGUACUGGGAGUGGAAAGAGCUCUUUACUGUCGACGCUAUUGGGUAUGCUCACUGUGAUCUGCGGCUCAAUUGUUAUCGACGGCAUUGACCUCGCUACUCUUCCCCCUGAUAAAGUCCGCGAAAGCCUUGUCACCAUCUCUCAAACACCACUCAUCAUGGUUGGCUGUACAGUCAGAUUCAAUCUAGAUCCCACCGAAACCCUUUCAGACAUAGACAUCAUCACGGCUCUCGUCCGAGUCGGAAUCUGGGAUGGUUUGCUUCUCGAAAGGGGCGGACUGGAUACCGAAAUCAACGACACUUUAUUCCUAUCUCAAGGCGAGCAACAACUGCUACAACUUGCUCGCGCAAUGCUAAAAAUACAAACAAGUAACGCUAGGAUCUUGUUGAUCGAUGAAGGCACCAGCAGCGUCGAUAUGGAAACCGACGCUCGUGUGCAGGACCUUCUGCAACAGGAUCCCUUUCGUUUAUGCACAGUCCUUACGGUUGCACAUCGUGUCCACACUCUAUUGUCUUACGAUUUGAUUGUCUGUCUAGAUCGGGGAAGGGUAGUAGAGAUGGAUGAGCCCACAGUUCUGAGUAAUCGGAAAGAUAGCAUCUUUAACAACCUUCUCAACGGUGGUGAAUAG